CUUUGCUCCUCUCCAACGUAAAUGCAAUUGUAUUAUAAUUACAUAUUAUACAUUUUUACGUGCAGAAAACUACAGAAUACGUAGACAUAGGGUCAAAUUUAUUAUAAAAUUAAAAUUGCUGUCUUUAAAAACCUUUUUUGCUGCAUAAAAUUAAAGAACUGCUGCUUUUUACAGCGGUUAGCAGUGAUUACCGGUAAUUACUGAUAUGAUAAGAUUAUACCGCGGUCAGGUCGAGCAGCGUCCAUCAGUACUGCAGUGACGUCAACAGCAGAACGCCACCUAAUUUCCAAAUGUCAAAAUAUUUAUUCGAGUUUAUUCCGGAAUAGGGUUAGGUUUGGUUGGUGACUGUGUGUUGAUUUAAUCGAAUUUUCCGAAGUUUUUAAGUAUAUCAUGGAAGAAGUUGACAAUAUUAUUAUCCAUUCUCUUCGUCAAAUAGGCUGUGAUAUAGAAGAGAACAUAACUAAUUUAGGUGGCUUCAAUACAGAAUUAAUAGUAGAGGCAACUGUAAGAUGCUUAGAUACAAUACGACCUGGACAUGGUUUGUCGUCCGUGUUGCCAGUGAACAUGGCAGCACGCUUUCGGCUCGGAGCCUCACUAGCACAGGCUUGUUCGGAACUUGGAUACAGAGGUGACAUUGGAUACCAAACAUUCCUCUACAGCUCCGAAGCCGACCUGCGUCGCGUUUUAAUGUUCCUUAUUGAAAAAUUGCCCAAGGAGAGCGAAAAUACAGUUGAUGAACCCACUAGUAAAAUCGCUUUGCUAGCAAAGUCUUUGGCGUCAACGGUUUCCCAAGAUUUCCAAACACCAUGGACGUCAGACUUGUCUCAAGAACGGGAAUCCAGGUUCGCUGGAAGAACGAAAGCACCUUACAGAACUGUGUCGAUUGAUGUUCCUUCAUUGGAGAAAGGCGAAGAAUACCGAGAUUAUUAUACCCGAUAUCAGAAAUCAGUGCCUGAGCAAAUGCCGAAUCUCCUCAGUCUCCUGCCUUCCGUAUUAUCGCACAAUGCAAAAACGAAUCAUCCAAUGCCGACGAAUAUAAUUGAAAGGCUAGAUUGGCUUAAUUCCCAGCCACAUGAAAGAUCUUCGAUUGCUACACUUGGCAGUAUUCACACUUUGAGUAGAUUCGCUUCCAACGAAAAGGCAGAAACUCCUCAGGCUCAGAUUCCACAAAUUGAUGAGCCGAAAGCGUCGAUCGUUCCACUUUUGGAAGAACCUUCAACAGAUAAAUCUGACCCUAGAGGGCAGGACUCGAUAAAAAGGAUAACCGUGGAAUGUGAAUCGCUGAGAAACGAAAUUGAGGCGAUUCAAGCUGAAGCUAAAAAGCUAAGCGGAAAAUUGGCGCAGUUGACAGUUAUCGAGCACAGUGAGGAGAAAGAUUUUGCAGCUCUUGAAAAACGAAGAAAGAUUAAAGCGAAGACGUUCGACUUAUUGGAAAAUGGAGAAGAGAAUAUCCAGAAACUUAAGGAGACUAUUGAGGCAAAUUCAAAUAAGUUGAUAGGAUUGGUCAAUCAGUGGGAGAAGCACAGGUUGCCUUUAAUUCAAAAGUACCGAGAAGAAAGGGAAAAACACUCAUCGAAAGCUAGUGAAAGUCAGAGAAAGCUUGAUGAAAUAAGUAAUUUAAAAGAAAAAGAAAAGGAACUAACUGAGGAGGGUCGCCAAAAGGAUCAGCAGUAUUCCCAACUAGUAGGCGACAUCCAAAAGCUCCCGAAGGAAGUCACCAGAUCUGCCUACACUCAGCGAAUUCUCGAAAUAAUCAACAACGUCCGAAAGCAGAAGGACGAGAUUGAUAAAGUUCUUGGAGAUACUCGUAGCAUUCAAAAGGAGAUCAACACUUUAACAGGCAGAUUGGAAAGAUCAUUUACAGUCGUAGACGAGUUGAUUUUUCGUGAUGCGAGGACCAAUGAUGCUUCUCGAAAAGCUUACAAACUCCUCGCCACUUUGCAUUCUGACUGCAGUGACCUUGUUAACCUGGUCGAAGAAACCGGAGCAACUGUGAGGGAAAUUCGGGACUUAGAAGAACAGAUUGAUUCGGAAUCGACGAAAAACGUGGGCGAUAACCUAGAGCGAAUAACGGCUGAUUUGAAGCAGAUGAAGCAAGAAACGGCUACCUUGACGGCACAGCUUCAAAAUAAAAAUUCGUGAUCGAUUCGUGAUUCGAGUCGCUUCGUGAUCAAAAGGCUAUAUCGACCAAGCCAUGCCGAACGUGCCUUGGCACUCGGAUUUUUUUAAGAUGGAAGGUAAGCCCUGAGAGCUGCUCAAAAGCCUGGAAUUAACAGGGAGCCUAAUUUUUUAAGCAAUAAAGCUUUAAAUUCAUAGAGAGCGAAGAAUCCUCCGAUUGUAUAUUGUGAACCUCGAGGAGCCAUUUCAGCUCGGUGUCUAUGUGACAGAUGGUAAAUGUCAAUCAGGAAAGACGAACCAUUGACGUACAUUUAAAACGCAAACAAAAAAUGUAGUUUUUUCAUAAUGUUCGCGAAGCUAAUGUACAAAGUGAUGCGUGUUCAAAAAUGCAUCGGAUUUUGUAAUUUAUUCUAUGUCAAGUAUAAAAGAAAGAAAUAA